AUGGCAGGAGUUGAGAAAAGAGCAGAUUUUGAAGACUUGUUGCCUGUAAUGGCAAACAAGCUAGGUGGAGAAGGGUUGAUAAACGAGCUAUGUAAUGGGUUUCAGCUGUUGAUGGAUAAAGAAAGAGGAGUUAUUACUAUGGAGAGCUUGAAAAAAAAUUCAGCUUUCUUGGGUUUGCAAGAUUUGAGUGAUGAUGAGCUUGUUAAUAUGGUUAAGGAAGGUGAUCUUGAUGGUGAUGGGGCUUUAAAUCAAAUGGAGUUUUGUGUUUUGAUGUUUAGAUUGAGUCCUGAGUUGAUGGAAGAAUCAAGAUUUUGGGUUGAAGAAGCACUUGAAGAAGAUCUCAAGAGUUACGGACUUUGA